UCAGCAUUAAAUCGCUCGAGUGCUUCCCUAUAAUGGAUCCUCAGUUAGUUUCAGCAUCUCAAGCUCAAACCAAAAAUGCCAGUAGUACUCCUGAUGUUGAUCGACGUUCAGCUAAUUUUUCUCCCAGCAUUUGGGGCGAUUAUUUUCUGGCAUAUGCAUCUAUGGAAACUAUGGAUAUUGAAGCCAACCAAAGUAUCCAAGAACUGAAGGAAGAAGUGAAGAGGGUGCUAAUGAGUUCUCCGCCUUCACAAAGAUUAGAAUUGAUUGAUUACAUUCAGCGCUUGGGGGUAUCCUACCAUUUUGAGAAUGAGAUUUACCAACUUUUGCAGCAAAAUUACAACCAGUACUCUUCUUAUUAUGACGAUGAUGAUGACCUUCACACGGUUGCUCUACGUUUUCGGUUGCUCCGGCAACAAGGAUUUAAGGUUUCAUGCAACAUGUUCAACAAGUUCAUCGAUGUUGAUGGAAAAUUUAAGGAAUCAUGCGUCGCUGACGUAGUAGGACUACAAAGUUUGUACGAAGCAACAUAUCUAAGGACACAUGGAGAGGAUAUACUAGAUCGAGCAUUGUCCUUCACCACCACUCAUCUUGAGUUUGCAAUGGCACCACACGGCCGUGUAAGCCCCCCGCUUUUAAAACAAGUAGCUCAUGCCUUAUAUCAACCACUCUGGAAGGGAAACCCAAGGAUAGAAGCAAGGCAUUACCUCUCUAGCUACCAGGAACUAAACACUUCGUAUUUCAGUGAUAGUCUUUUGACUUUUGCAAAGUUGGAUUUCAAUCAAUUGCAGCGAAUCCAUCAAAAAGAACUAAGUAACAUCACAAGGUGGUGGAAGGAGUUGGACUUUGUAAACAAACUACCUUUUGCUAGGGACAGGAUAGUAGAGCUUUACUUUUGGUCUAUGGGAGUUUACUUUGAGCCUAAGUAUCAUUUUGGGAGGACAGCAUUAUGCAAAGUUCUUGGCUUAAUAUCUGUGCUUGAUGACACUUACGAUGUGUAUGGCACACCUGAAGAACUAAAGGUCUUUACUGAAGCUGUUGAGAGGUGGGAUAUCUCUGUCAUGGAUUCACUGCCUGACUAUAUGAAAGUUAUCUAUCAAGCAUUGUUAAAUGUCUACACUGACAUUGAAGCCGAGCUUGCAAAGGAGGGAAACUCAUAUCGUAUCAACUAUGCAAUAGAAGCAAUGAAAAUUCAAGUUAGAUCUUAUUUCGAGGAAGCCAAAUGGUUCCACCAAAGUUACACACCGAAAACCCUUGAUGAAUAUAUGUCAUUGGCACUUGCUACAUCCACCAUGUCUCUGAUAGAAAUCACAUUUAUUGUUACAAUACCCGGUGAUAUUGUUACAAGAGACUCAUUGGACUGGUUAUCCAGUGACCCUAAAUUUGUAAAGGCUUCAACAACAAUUGGGAGACUCUUAGAUGACAUCCGAAGCCAUGAGUUUGAGCAAAAGAGAGGACAUGUUCCCUCAGCUGUGGAAUGCUACAUGAAAGAAUACUGUGCUACAGAAAAAGAAGCGGUGAUCGAACUAAUUAAACAAGUGAAUGAUGCAUGGAAGGAUGUAAACGAAGGAUUGCUCCACCCUAUCGCUAUUGUCCCUAGGCCACUGCUGUUGCUGAUUCUUAAUUUUUUACGCGUAGCUGAUGUUGUAUAUAAGGAAGAAGAUGCUUAUACUGAUGGAGUUGGGCUUAAGGAUCAUAUAACUUCUCUGCUUGUCGAACCUAUUUCAAUAUAGGUUAUAUCAGCAUUGGACUUUGUUCUCCAUGUUAUGACGAAUA